AUGGACAUGCACGCAGUCGCCGCUAAAGUACAGACGCUCGUAGUGCUGCGCCACUUUGUCGCGGCGUUCGAUAUCGCUCACGUGGUCUCCAAGCCAACCCGACUCUGCAUCACAAUAGGCGCCAUCAUGGACGCCUCCACCCGCGAGACGCUCUUCUUCGUCCAGCACAAACAGUACUCAUUGCACCGCGAGCGUACGCUGCUGGACGCACGGAACAUGCUACCGGUAGCGACGUUGCGACUGGGUCUGUUCAAGCGAGCACGGACUUACUCGGUGUACGUGCGGACCGAGCACGAGGAGACGCCGUGCUCGUUCAAGUACACAGUCGAUGGUACGACCGUGCACUCCGAGUUCACCGACCUAGUGAGCAGUCAGCAAUGCACGAUCGGCUGCGACGGGUUCAGAGAAGAUAGCAACACAGUCAAUUUCUGGCUCACCCGUGGCUCAAGCGAGACGGCCGAUGCACUACCGCAGACCAUUGCUCGGCUCACGUACAAGGCCCGGGAUCCGAAGACCAAAGACGAGCAGCACCUAUUGUUGGACUUGCCCGCCGGCGUCGAUCAAAUGAUGAUGGUCCUUAUUUGCAUCGGUCUGCUGGACAAGUGCAGCGAGGGUAAUCACUCGUCGCAGUAG